AGUCCGGUAGCAGCCCGUCUAGCUAACGGGACAGAAAUGGGGGACGUCUAGAAAUAUUUCACAACGGAGAAUGGAGCACAGUUUGCAACUAUGGCUUUGGAGACAAAGAGGCCAGGGUGGCCUGCAGGAUGCUAGGCUUUAACAGCUCUGCAGUAGUAGCUGUUACAUCAAAUGCAUAUGGAGCAGGAGCUGGAAGAAUUAUUCUGGAUGGUGUGAGUUGUACAGGAACAGAAAGCAGCCUGUUGGAAUGCAGACACAGUGUGCUCUACUCCCAAGAAUGUGACCACGUCGAUGACGUCGGAGUCAUCUGCAAAGAUGAAACAUCUACAGUGUCAAAACCACUUGCUGCUACUACUUUUAAACCAAGAAGGGUUACAAAACCGACUACUAAUACUACCAUUACUAAAGUCCCAUCAUCGCAAAGAGCAACCGCACCAAAACAGGAUUCAUCCUUACCAACAACAUCGACAACAACUACAACGGAAAAGAUUACAAAGGUGACUACAACCACGACAUCUAGAAUCGGAAAAGCAACAACAGUAACAACGUUAACAACUACAACGUCUACUUCUACCACUGUCACCCUACAACCCUAGGCUGACUUUGGAAGACUACUGUCUACAAUUUUAAUAUACUUUCAAUUAUCGCUUUUUAUUAUAUUAUCUUUGUGGGCAUUUCUUUAAAGCAAACUGAUCUGUAAAACAAUCAUAUUUUGCAAAAUUUGUAAGCUGUACCACUUAACGUAUAAUUCAUUUUUUUUUCUAAAAUGUACAAUUUUUUCUAUUGUUAUAAGUGCACAUAAUAUUAAACUUUUACAAACUCUUUAUAGCAAACAAAUAAUCCGUGUUGAAAUUUUAUCUCUUUUUGUUUUAUAUUGUAUUGCCAUUUGUUUUGAGACCCACUUCAACGUAGAAAGCUAUUUUUUGAAGACUGUAAACUUCAUCUCCCAAAAGUCAUAGUUUUUUCUAUGAUAAACAAUCAUUUAGUACUUAAUAAAAACACAGUCUAAAUAUUAUGACAAACAAGAUACCCGCAACAUACUACAGCAUUAUGUUCUUUCAUGUAGACAGCUUAGGGGAAGGAGUGCACUCCGUUUUUCUUUUUGUUGUUUUCCGAAGAUUUUAUUUGUAAUGCUAUAUGACAAUGUGUUAGACUCGUUUUUAUACGUUUACCAGGUCUUUUCAGUCUUCAUCGACUAACGGUCAUGUCUGCUUCGUUUUUGUUGUUUGAUGAAAUAGCUUACCUCCUUUCGUUUUUUAAACUAUUUCUUAUGUAUGGACCACAUCCUAAGAAUUUGAUUUAAAAAACGCAUUAUGAUCCUCGUCUCUUUGUUACCAGUCCUACCUUCUCAUAUAUCCAAUUUUGUUUGGGCAUGGUGUAUUUCUGACUGAAAGUUGGCUUACGAGCUGAUUUUGACAUUUGCGACAUUUUUAAGCCAGUUAUGCAUAUGUUGGUAAUAGUUUUCAUGUUUACAAUAAAAAUCGUAUGAUAAAGACAGAACAGCACUUGUAAAAGAAAAUAUAAUUUACUACUUUAAUAUAAGAGUCUGCUUUUAAUAAUGAACAAUAAGGCGAUGCACUGUGUACAGCGGUAUUUAAUAUCAGCAUUCAUUACACAGUUAUAGUCAGCUUUCCUUUCACAUAUACAAUCGGUUGUCAGAGGGAAUAAAUGCGGAUUUAUCUUUGAUCAUAACAAAGUAUUUUCCCUUUACGGACAAAAAUACUACUGGAAUCAAGUCAAAUUAAACUUUGUUUUCCUUGU